AUGGACAACUCGCAGGAUGUUAGAAUGUACCUAGGUGGAAGUAAUGUUCCAGACAACGAGGUUAGUGAUGAUGAAAGUGACGGACCAAUCAUCAAUCGCACCUUGCUUGCUGUCUCUCAAAUCACAAACAUCCCAACCCACAAUCUCCACGCAUCACCACAAUCUUCCGGCACUGGGUGUACAAUGUUCAGCACCGAGAAUACCACCAUCAGCCCCAAUGAGACUCUUACCUUUCCCCCAGCUCAUGCCCGAGCAAAGAAGCAUGCCAUCAAUGACCUAGAACAUAUUAUGUCAUUUUCUUCAUCCACAAAUUCCAUUGUGUCCUCCUCACCUCUCCGUUCAACAUUCAAACUUCCUGAACAUGCAUAUGGCCAACUUAGUGAUCUACCCCCAAUUAAAUGGGAUCUCACAGACAAUCACGACUUAGGAUCCAAGACUUGCCUCAAAUUAGUGCAAGAAAACCAAGAAAUGCGGCACGAGUUUCAGAAGGCCCAAGUGUUGGUGGAGAGAGCCGUUGAUGCAGUGGAUGCAGCAAAUGCCCAGUUGGCAUUAGGGGGAAUGUAUGUGUCUAAAGCUCAGACACAGCUCUUAGCACGGGAAGAAGCAGAGAAGUCGAAGGAGGAUGGUGGAUGCAUUAAAGGGACAUUUGGCCAAGUUGUGACACAUGACGGUUUCUUGAGGGACCAAGCAGAGCGCGCUCAGAGAAAAUUAAAUGAGCAAGAGUUGGAACGAUGGAAGGAAGAGGCUAAGGAGCGGUGGAAAGUGUUCAACAACUCACAGAAGGCAGAAAUAACGAGCUGGCGUGAAGAAAAAGCGCACUUGGCUGCACUCAAACAAAAAGCACCACCAAAGCCACUGGAGGACAAUCAGUGGAAGCGGGCAAUGUCAUAUCCGUGCAUACCUGACCCCGACCCGACUUCCGGACCUCCACCCUCUUCACCUCCGGAGUCAUACCUUACCGCUGCCGUUCCGAUACUCACCUCCGGUCCUGGCAACACACCUCCUCUCACCCCCCACGCCGCCUCUGCUCCUCCUUCCCUCUCCUCCCCUAUCUCCGUCCACUCCGAUACUCACCUCGGACCGAACGCCGCCCCUCUCGCCACCCUCCUACUACUCCUCCUCCUCCUACUCCGCUCCUCCUCCGCCACCCUUCCGCCAAGUUAUGACCUUCCACCGCUGUCCCGUACUUCGCACUCGGACACCGCUCGUACCUUUGCUCCGAGCCUCCGUCAUAGUCCCUACCUCGGACUUUGA